AUGGCAUCUGCCGCGUCCACAUCCUCUGCUCCCAUCAAUCCUACUACCAAAAAAUCUCUCGGCGACAUCUUAGACUCUGUUGUCGAUGACACCGAUAGUCCGGAGCUACGCACCUCGGACGACUCUGAAGAAAAGGAUGACGAGGCUGAGAAUUUACCCCCUAGAGAUGGAUACUGUGUGGAAUGCGAAGACCAAGCUGCUGACCUCCACUGCGAGACGUGUGGGGACUCAUUCUGUGAGGUAUGCUUUACGUCUCAGCACCGGAAAGGAUCGAGGAAACACCAUAAGACACGACCACUUGAGUCAUUACAAACAAGAGUGAAUGGGAAUACUGUGAAUAACGAUAAUGGGCAUAUAGAAGACGAAGAGAUGGACUCAGCCGAUGAAGAGGCUCAGGCUCCGUCAGGAAAUAUUACCGCUGCCUCCUUACUAGGCGCGCAGCCCUCCAUCGGGGAGUCUGUAGGCGAGUGGUACGUGGAGCGUUCUAAAUACACUCCUCUACGUCUCACGAUGGAAGAGCGAAAACUCCUUCGGCUUCUGGAAGCCGCUCUAGAGGUAUCCGAGUACACUGAUCGCAUAGACAUUUUGACAUAUUCCAAUAAACCAAAACGAAUUGUUCACCAAAUAAAAGAACUCUGUUCCAUUCUUUCCGGUCUCGUAAUUGCGUCGAACUAUAAACUUGGACAGGAACUAUUCGCGAAUCGAGAUUUUGCCGCUAACGAGGAGUACUUUCAGACGAUAUUCGAGUUAGGGAGGCGUCAUAAGAUUCUCAACCCUGACAGGUCUCGAACUACCUAUGGAAAACUCAUGUACAUUCUGAUGGAUGCCCAGGAUCCCACGGUCAGUGAGAUGCUUGGCUUUUCCCUCGUUUCCCCCAUCAAGAAUGUAUACGACCUCCUAAAUGAGCACAAUGCCCUCACGCUCCUCCGUGAUGAUCGGAUCUCCAUCGCCACACGCGAAAUCAUAGCCGAUGGUCGUCCACGUUAUGAAAUCCAGCGGGAAAUAAAAGCCAAGGAACGUGCCAUUGAGACACUGGCGUCGAAGUAUGCGAGAAACGGAUUGGAUCCCGAGACCAUUCGGCAGUGCUUGUACAGCAUUGGAGAUAACCAUGCGUUCCUCAGGGUGAAUCGGGAUCCGUGUGACGGAAUGAUCGUUCUGUUAAAAAAGUACUUCAAUCCUGAUUCGCCCGGGCCAACUCCCGCAGAAUCGUUGGCGAUCCGAUAUGGGAAGGGAGGAGCACGGUUGAGUCAUGAUCAUCGGAAGCAAUACCAGUAUGUUUUGCAGAGUCUGACUCUCUGGCGAGAGGUCCUCCAUGAUAUGUUCCGCCUGUGGUCUCUUGCAGAGACGGAUCUACUCAGUCCUUCCAACGGAUAUCGGUUACGCGAUACUGGGCAAGGGCUGAAUCGGAUGCAGCAUGCACCCAAGACGGCGAGGAUGAUGCAACUUGUUCUCCAACGUGCCCAGAAGAGCAUUGGUUUCUGGGUAGGCUCGAGCGUGAUACACAUGGGAGAUCACAACGUGCCAAAUGCCCUCAUGUUCAUCGACAAGUAUAGUCAAAUCUAUCGGAUUCUUCUUCCCAUUUGCAAUAUCAUAUCUCAAAUCCCGGAGUUGAUGAAGAAGCCACAGUUAAAGAAAUAUGUUGAUACUGAAUUUGGCGGUGUGGAUGGUUGUAUUCGCGAGAUUUUGGGCGAUUUCUUUCGUCAUGGAUUCGAUGGCUCGGGGGCUGAUAGCUUCUAUGAUGCUGGUUCAUGUAUAGAUGGUCGGCUUACGAGCGCUUGGAAUUGGUGUUCCUUACUGGAGAAGAAACGAUACUUCCCCAUUUUCCUUCUUUGCGGCUUCACGAGUUUUGACGGCCAUUGGUGA